AUGAUUGAAUACUUGUUUUUGUUGGUAUUGUCAUCAUCAAUACAAUGCUAUUAUGGCCAGGAAAGUCCAAAAGUAGCUCCUUUCAUGUCAAUAGUCAAACCUGUGAUUGGUGGUAAAACCUCCUUCACUUGUCAGAGUUUGGCUGGUUCCCCACCUUUACUAAUUACAUGGUUUAAAGAUGGUCAGCAAAUGAACGAAUCUGCCUCAACUCGGAUCAGAACAAAUGAAGACUCUUCAAUAUUAAUUAUGGAAUCAAUAUCAUCCAGUCACUCGGGAAAUUAUACUUGUAAAAUAUCCAAUAGAUAUGGACAUGAUUCUUACUCUUCGGAAUUGUUGAUAGAAGGUCCACCUUUAUGGGUUGAAAAACCAACUAAUAUCAAAUCGGAAAUCGGUAGAAUGCUUACAAUUCGAUGCCUCGUCUCUGGAUAUCCAAAGCCAAGAGUUCAAUUGAAAAAAUUGAAGGGGCUAUCAUGGAUACAAUUGACCGACAAGGAUCAAAUAAUAAUGGUAAAUCGAGAUUCUUCUUCCGGUGAAUUUCAAAUUCGUAGUGCUACUCGUGAUCAUCAAGGUAGAUAUGGAUGUGCUGCUUCUAAUGGUAUUCAACCUGAUCUAUGGACAGAGUUUGAUGUUAUUAUUGAUGGUCCAAGAGUGCAUGUUGCUCCAUUUCCAUUAUCAGUUAAACCAGUUAUUGGAGGGAAGACUUCGUUUACUUGUCAAAGUCUUUCAGGAUCUUCGCCACUACAAAUUGUUUGGUUCAAAGAUGGGAUAGAGCUUCAAAAUCCGUCUGAUAUUAGGAUUCGCUCUAUUGAGGAUUCAUCGAUGUUGAUUAUUGACUCAAUUAAAUCCAGUCAUUCUGGAAAUUACACUUGCAAAAUUUCCAAUAGAUAUGGAUCUGAUUCACAUUCAAGUGAACUUUUAGUUGAAGGUCCACCAAGCUGGGUACAAAAACCAAGUGAUUUGAAGCUUAAAAUUGGACAAAACAUCAAUGUCAAAUGCUCUGUCGCUGGUCAUCCUCUACCUAAGGUUAUUUGGAAAAGAUUAACAGGAACAUCUUGGUACUCGAUUGACUCUGCUACUAUUCAAGCUGCAAAUUUUGACAUUUUAAAUGAUGAUUUAACCAUUCGUAAUGCCACUCGACACCAUAACGGAAGAUAUGGGUGUUUUGCUUCCAACGGAAUUGAACCUGAUCUUUGGUCAGAGUUUGAUAUUUUAAUUGAUGGUAAUGUUUGA